CAUCACUCCCAGCUGGCUCUCGUCUGCUUCUCCUCCGGCUCUCGCUCUCUCGCUCUCCGUCCGCGAUGGCGAUGUCUCUGUUGGUCGUCCUCGCCGCUCUUUUGGGCGCUUCCUACGCCCAAGUAGGAUACAACGUGCCAACUCCCAAUGGGCCCGGAUAUUCCUACGGCGCCCCGGACCUCCAGGCGGCCGCCUCCAGUUUCGACGUCGCCGCGGCCGAGGACCCCAUCGCCGCCCUGGCCGCCAACAUCCCCGGCGGAGGCGUCCCUGGCGAGGACUACCCCAUCCUGGCCUCCGUCCCCGACACCGGCUUCUCCUGCGAGGAACAGGAAGUUCCCAGGCUACUAUGCUGACACCGCCCCGGAGGCCGGCUGCCAAGUGUUCCACAUCUGCCAGUUCGACGGCCGCCACGACUCCUUCCUGUGCCCCAACGGCACCAUCUUCAACCAGCAGUACUUCGUGUGCGACUGGUGGUUCAACGUGGACUGCGCCGCGUCCGAGCAGUUCGUCAGUCUCAACGCCGACAUCGGGAAGGUCCCCGACAACGCGGCCGCCGCCUCCGACGCCUCCCUCGCCACCUCCUACAGCGCCCCUCAGGCUCAGGCCUCAGCUCAGGUCCCCGUGCAGGCUCCCAACCAGUUCUACGGCGCUCCCAAUGGCUUCUAGGAUUGUUCAUUCUUUGGCACCUCGAUUAUCUAGAGGACUAGUUAUUUAUGUAAAAGCACUAUUUAAUUUUUCAUUUUCAUCAUAGUUAUAAUUAUCUUAUCUCUAUUUUUCUUAUCAUUAUUUAUCUAUUAUAUUCUACUUGCACAAUAUAAAACAAACUGUU